CUUUUUAUUUCUCCAGAGGGAGGGAUCCUGGAUCACAAAGACCCCCUGUGCUUUCUUAGUUAAGGAUAACAAUAUGGGUCUCUAGAGAUCUAAGCCAUCAGUGUGAAUCUCUCAGCAGCCACUGUCAUGUGUCAAGACUGCACACUGUGGCCAGUCCCUUGCUUUGCUGCCGAAGCUGAACACUUGGAGAGUGCAGUGGAUUCAGCAGCACCAACCUGAAGCUGUGCACUGUAAUCCUGUUUCAGUCCAGCAGUGGAACUGAUUUUGUUUGAGCAUGCACGCUGGUGGCACGGAACAGUUGAUAUUUGCACAACUUAAUUUGAAAGAAAACGGUGCAAGUAAGCAGGGCAGGGCUGUGCAGCAGGAGGUUCACCCUUUUGCAUGAGAUGCAUCGGUACAGUACGGUGAUCCCUGCCCUCGGCAGGGUCUGACCUGCAAGCUGAAGAGACUUUGUCCUGGCGUAGUGACCUGUCUGACGCGGAACGCCUCCCUGCAGUGCUGUGAUCUCUGCUGACAUUGCACGGAAGACCGGCUAAGUAAUUCAAGCAGUCGUAUGAGGACAAGUCCAAAGCCACCCCAAAGAAGCCUGGAGAACAGAAACUUUCGAAAGAGCCUUCAUCUUUGCAAUGUAUGCAUCUGGCAGUUGUGGCAUGUGGGGACCGGCUGGAAGAGACACUAAUCAUGCUGAAAUCAGCAGUUCUCUUUAGCAACAGGAGGCUCUGUUUUCACAUUUUUGCUGAGGAUUCCCUUAAGCCUGAAUUUGAAAAGAAGUUAAAGGAAUGGCCUUCCUCAUACACAAAGAAGUUUCAAUACAACAUUUAUCCAAUAACCUUCUCAGUAGGAAAUGCUCAGGAAUGGAAAAAGUUAUUCAAACCAUGUGCUGCCCAGCGCCUUUUUCUUCCGGUAAUUUUAAAGGAUGUGGAUUCUCUCCUUUAUGUGGACACUGAUGUUCUCUUCCUGAGGCCCAUCGAUGACAUCUGGCACAUCCUGAAAGAGUUCAACUCAACACAGCUAGCUGCUAUGGCCCCAGAACACGAAAUACCAAAGAUUGGCUGGUACAGUCGAUUUGCACGUCACCCUUAUUACGGGACAACUGGAGUCAAUUCUGGAGUGAUGCUAAUGAAUUUAACACGGAUACGCAACACUCAGUUCAAGAACAGCAUGAUACCGAGUGGUUUGACUUGGGAGGAAAUGUUAUAUCCAUUAUACCAAAAGUACAAAAAUUACAUUACAUGGGGAGACCAGGAUUUGCUAAAUAUAAUUUUUUACUUUAACCCAGAGUGUCUCUAUGUGUUUCCAUGUCAGUGGAACUACCGGCCCGAUCACUGUAUGUAUGGGAGCAACUGUAAAGGUGCAGAAGAAGAAGGUGUGUCUAUUCUGCAUGGAAAUAGAGGUGUCUACCAUGAUGACAAGCAGCCAACGUUCAAGGCACUCUAUGAAGUGAUACGUGAUUUUCCAUUUGAAGACAAUCUCUUCCAGUCUUUGUACUACCCUCUGCAGUCUAAGUUUCUGGAUACAGUGCACACUUUAUGUGGGAGAAUUCCACAAGUGUUUUUGAAGCAAAUUGAGAAAACUAUGAAGAAGGUGUAUGAAAAUCGUGUCAUUGUCUACUUGGGGGCCAACCACAGAUACUAAAUGUAGCUAUAUUUUUACGCAGUUUUUAAUUUUUGCACCCAUCUCAUGAAGCAUAUAAAUGAAGAGUAUGAACUCCUUUACUGAAACUCAGAAUUAAAGUAUUUUCCUUAUCCAACUUCCUAAUAACCCCUGAAAAUACAAAACCAGAGGAAAUCCUAGAAGUUUACCUAAACUGUCCUUUCUUAGGCCUUUUGUUCUCUUCCCGUGUUAACUCUUGGUUGCAACAGGGAGAGGUGAUGAUUCUCACUUUUAUUUGACAAAUUUAGUUUGGUUAUUUAAGUACAGCUGUAUUCACUGUAAUUUUUUUUGAAGUUGUGCAAAAGCUUGUACGGAUUUUAGGCUUGACAAAGAAGUUACAGUUUGAGCUAUGUAACAUAGGGAAUAUAACUCUUGAAAUGGCAGGGCAAAUAUUCUUGACUGUCACGAGAAUGCUGAAUUACAGAAAAGUUCACUCUUGUGAAAGGAUGAGUUAAAAUUUACCAUAGUAAAGGGAAAGUAUUUGCUUAAAAUUGCACUUCUGUCUGAAGUGUAUUACCUGCUAUUCUUCACAUGUAGGACCUAAGAUUUCUCUUACUUAAAAAGAUUAGGGGUAUAGAAGUGCCUAUUUACUUUGUAUUUUACCGCACUUUUUGUCUAGUCAUUUUUCCCUUCUGCUCUUCAGUAGUUUCUUGAGGGCUUCCCAUGAAGGAAUCAGAAGGAAAAUAAUUACAGCAUAACUAGGAAGGCCAUGUAGAAGAAAUGGGAGGGCGGUGCGAUGGAAGCUGUGGCACCUGCACAGCUGAUGGAGAAGAGCAAGGGAAUCCUUUCUUGCGUGGAUACGGUCAUGGUCUUCCCCUCCAGUCUCUUACAGUUUUAAGAAUGUAUUCCCUAACUUGGUAACACUAAUUGCAUUAGACACAGUCCAAGAAUAUUGUGAAUGUACAAACCCAGAUACUAUUCAUCUGUUUUCCUCUUUAAUUAAUCCUCCUUAAUUGCUGUUUACUGCGCAGUAACAAUGGUAUGCCACCGACAACUGUUCUUCCGUCCCUAUGUUGGGAGACGGCGAAUGCUGCUUCUGACUCCCCUUUUCUGCUCUGCCAGAAACCUGGGGCAUAGAAAUAAAUGUAUUUCUGCCUGGCACCUGCGUUCCUGGAAGCUGACAGUUUUAUGCUAGGGUGAUAAUGAAUAGCCUCAAAGUGAAAGAGGAUACAAGAUGGCUUUGAUGUUUAUUUAAAAUACUCCGUUUAGUUUAGAUUUUGAAAGUAUGACGAUCGUCUUACCAUAUGCACAGACAAGAGCUUAUUAAAACUUGCGGUAGCUGAAAGGUGCUCGGGGCAAGUCACAGGGGAACUGAAAGUGAGGACACUCUUAAAGAGCAGUGAUACAAGAGCAGACUCCCCGAGGAUCUUUUCUAAGCGUAGGCCCUGAAGGGUGUGCGUAGGUGAGUGCUUGAAGAAAACAGCAGAGAAAAUGAUAUUAUUUUCCAAGUCUGUAAAAGUUAGCCAUUACUUAGAACUACUCACUUUUAUAUCCAAUAGGCAAAGUAGGAGAGGGCUGAGGAGGGUGAGAUACAUGAAGCUUUUCUCUAAUGAAAGGAAAACUGAUACAGAUUGUAGGUCCUGUACAGGUGACACACAUUUAUUAGAGAUAAAUAUUUGGGGUGUGUGGAUGAGGGAAGGGAUAUGUUUCUGAAGUUAAAAAGUAGGAUUUCUGAAGAAUUGUGGUUUUGGGGGUUUCUACCCCAUCGAGUCAGGACUGAUGCACAGUUUCAUAAGAAAACAGACUUCAAGAGAAAGUCCUUUGAGCUUGUGCAUUCUUGUCUCCUUGUGUGGCAGCUCACGAGAGGAGGGAAAAUGCAGGCGUUGCUGGCCUCUGGGGCUGCCAGAUAAACAGCCCGUACACGGGAUGAAGUGCCGACAAACUUUUUCCAAACGCUGGAGUGUGAAAAUGUCCGUGACGCAUCCGCAAGCGUGCUGGGUGAAUGACACAAGAGGGCAAACAGCGUCACGACAGUCAUCUGAGGGACAGAGGUGUUAAGCUGGAGGCUUGGAAGAAGGGGCAAACGGCCUCGGCCCCAGCGAUUUCACUGCAGGCCUGUGCUCACAGGCACGACAAAUGGAAACCUCUGUUCUUUGCGCCUCUGUGUGCUCCAAAUUCCAAUCAGCAGCUCGUGCCUGUUUCUCACCCAGAUCCAUUAUCUCGCAGCCUUUGCCACACGUGUAAAUCGAUGUGCAAAGGACAGAGGCAGCUCUGCAUCUAUUUUGAUUGAAGCCCGGGACCCAGAAAGGCAUUUAAUAAACUUCAGUGUAGAUGUUCCUGUCUCGUGCAAUUUGCCUUAGUAUUUUCUGGUUUUACCUGAAGUUUUGGUUGCCACUUAAAAAGAAGAGCACAUCUCUCUGCACAGAGACAAGUUUGAAAACUCAACCCAAAUGAACCUGGAAGACUUCAGAGCCAGAAAACAAUGAAAGGAGAAUUCAACGUGCUGUUUUAAAAAGUUUAAAGUAAUGUAAGCCUAACAUACGACAGGUAAACCUUUCAGGCUAGCAAUGCUGAGAACUUGUAAAAAAUACUAGCUUGCUUUUUGAUCUUUAUUUUCAAAUACCGGGGUAAAGCUGACUGUAGGUCAAACGAGGCUAGAUGAGACGCAUGCUGGGCACUCUGAAUUCCUCAUUUCUAUGGUGUUUACAAGCCACAGAAAGUUGCAGAGCAAAAAUCUUAUUGCCCAGACAGUUGCAACUCUGGUGCUAAGCCUCUGAAGUUCAGGAGGCUGCGAUUGUGUAAGCUAUGAUUCAGCAGAACCUUGCAACUAUAGGCACAUUAAAAUGAAGGAAUGGAAUUCAUUACAAAACAAAGGCAUUAUUGCAUAUAAAGCGAUUAGAGAUUACAACAGUGCUUUUUAUGUUUACAGGAGGUGCUACAUUAUGUUUAGAAAGAACUGUGUUAUGUUCUCAACACCUAUUAAAAUAUAUGAAGUAUAUGCUUUAGCAUGAAGACUUUAGUUAAUGUAAUAUCAACUUGCAGGAAAAAUGGGGGAGGUUCCCCCCUGCUGUGCUUUUUCUGAGAAAAUAGCUACAACUUGAGUUCUCCAAAGUGUUUUAAAACAAUUAUGUAACUUUGAUAUUUUUUUGUUAUUGUUAGAAUUAUUAAUUUAUAUUUUAUUACAGCUUCUAAAACCAUGUUAUAUUUUGGUUUUAUCAGUAGUGGAUUCUCAUAUUAAUCUUAUUUAGAAACCAGUUUUAAUUCAUUUUGUAUUUCAUACUUGUGGCUAAUUCCUUGUUAAUUAGCCUUCAUUUAUUUUAAUAAUGGGAUGUGUAAAUACUUAUAUAGACUUUAUAUCGUCAUUUCCCCUUCCUCUCGUGUAUUUUAGUUAUUUCCAGUGGUAUAAUGUAACCAAAACACCUUUGCUAAUGCAACACCUUGAGCAGUGUCAUCAUACGUAGGGGGGAAACAAAAAUAGUUUUCCUGAAAUGAAUAGAGGCUCCAGCACACGGAAUGUAUUGAUAACAAAGGAAGAGAAUCACCUUUCACACUGAGAAAGAGACAGCAGGGUAGAGCCCGGAGAACUGUGCCCCAGCCAUCCGAACAUAAGCCCUAACCCAGCAGAUGUCUGAUACUCUGAAUUUUGCCUGUGUAGUCAGUAGGCUUCUAUGCAGUGCAUAAAGUUAAGCGUGUAACCAAGUCCUUGCUGUAUCAGCGUCAAACAUUCAGGUUUUAAAUUUGCUUUAUUAUACUUGAACUUGCUGAAGAUAGAUAAAAAGGGGCUUUUUAUUAAGAGCUGCUGAACACCUCCUUUUAGCCCAAAGCCUUUUAGGAAAGUGUCAGGCUACCAGUGCGCAUUGUACAACAAAGAACUGCCAGAGUGGGAAGCAUCUGGUUGCAUCAUUUAUAUAAUGUGAGAGUUUUUCUAGGCUAUUUGCCUGCAUCAUACCAAGUGGGCUUAGAUAGCUCCGCUAUCAUUUCACUUUCAGGUGGAAACUGGAAACUGCUCUGUGUGUGUGUACACAACAAGAGCACAUGUGUAAAGAAUUCUGUACCUUUAUCAUUUAAUUGCUUGUUUAUUUUUAUUUGACAAGUGCACCAAUUGUUUAUAGCUCCCAAGGAGGCCUAGCAGUGCAUUUCUGUGUUGAUUAAGAUCCUUUGGCUUACAGUACAAAUAAAUGAAGUUUUAAGCAA